UAAAUUAAUAAAAACAAAAAAACAAAAAAAUGACAGCCUUGAAUAGAAGGUGACAAAAAGGACGCAAGAGGUCACGCAUGUCAGUCAUGUCACUCUAACCUACAAAAAAUAAAAAAAAUAAAAAUACACAAAACUCAUUUAUACACAAAGUACAAAAUAAUUUAUAAAUAUAAUAAUAUUAAUAAUUAAUUAAUUAUUUAUUAUUAUUAAAUGUUAAUUAAUUAAUUAUAAUGAUUUUUUUAAUGAAUCGAAAAAAAAUAGUUGAAUGAUAUAUUUUUUUUGUGUCUUUGGCUCUCGUGGUGAAAGCAGUUAGUGAACACUUGGUUAAAACUUUUAAAUUAGUAAAAAUAAAAAAAUAAUUCUUGAAGACAUUCGAUGUAAAAAUAGAUUACUCGUGAGUUUGUAAUACGAUACGUUUAUCCCAAUAUAGUUCUAGUUCCAACACUGACUAACUGUAACUAUUUUUGACGUCAAUUUUUUUCAUCCUCUCCAGGGGUGGUUCAAUAAUAUUCAACCAGUUGGUUAAACAACAGUGUAACUUUUAAACUUGCUCAUAUUAUAAUUAAUAAAUAUUAUCAACAAUUUGUUGAUAUAAUUAUUAUUUAUUUAUUGUCAUCAUCAUAGUGUGUGUUGAUUUUAAUUUAUCAAGUGAUUUUUUCUAAAUAUUUUCAUUAUUGUUCAAUAAUUAAAAUUAUACAAAAGUGUGUGUUGAUUUAACAAUAUAUAAACAAUUAAUUCAUCAAUAAGAAGAUAUCCAGAUAAUUUAAAAAAAUAUAUUCAAGUGAAUUUGUGUGUCAGACUUUUUAAAGCCAUCAUCUGAAUUAAUGCCAGUUGGCUCUUAAUUCUUGGUGAAUAAAUUUAACAAUUAAAAUUAAAUUUUAAACUUUCUUUUUAUUGUUUAUUAAUAAUACCAUCAAAAUGAGUAUACCAGAAAAGGUUUUAAAAUGCGCAAAUAUAUUAAAAAUGGUAUCAAGUGAUUCGGAAAAAUUUGCAGCAUUAUUUAUGGUUACAAAAUUAGUUGAUAAAGAUUGUUCAAGUGCUGGAAAAAAAUUAAUAUUUGAAUCAAUUGGUUCGAAAUUUUUGAAAAAGCUAUUAACAAGUAAUGAUGUGCCAGUUGAUUGUCCACCACAAGUUUAUAAAUCAGUUGCUUUAUCAAUAUUAUCAGCAUUUUGUAAAGAUGAAGAAUUAUCAUCACAUCAAGAUAUGAUUAUUCAUGUACCAGCAUUGCUUGAUAUUGUAUCACAAGCAGAUGAUGAUGCACCAGAUGAUACAUUGAUAAUUGUCAGUGAAGCAUAUGAUUGUUUAAAAUCAAUAUCAAAACAUUAUGCUGGACAAAAAGUUCUGAUUGAAGAAAAAGCAAUACAAAAAAUGUGUGAAAUAUAUUCUGAAAAAUCUUUUAAAACUGAUGAAGCAUUGAAUAUAUUAGUAACACUUGUAACAAGCUUUGGACAAAAUGCAUGGGAUCCAAAUGAUACAACACAAUUUCAUGCAAUUAUGACAAAAAUAUCACUUGAUUUUGAGACUGAUCAUUCAGAACGUAAAUUUGAAUUAUCAAAAAUAUUAGAAGCCCUAAUAUCAUCAUGUAGGAGUAAUGAAAUAUCAGCAACAUCAAAAGAUGAAUCAUGGCCACAAAGUAUAUACAAAGGUUUAAGUGAUAUAUUAACAUCAAAAAUUGGUAAAAAUCAACGUGAUCCAGCAAUUAAAUUAGCAGCAAAAACACUUGAAUUACUUGGUGUUGAAUGGACACUUAUUGAUGAUGAUAAACCACGUGUAUUUUUUUUAUUAUUAAUACAAUUAUCAUGUAUUGAAAUACGUAUGCAAAUUGAAGGUAAACAAUUAAAAACAGUUGUUACAAAUGGUGAAUUAAUAACAAGUUGUUUUAUAAUAUUAGAAAUAACACUUGGUUAUAUAACAUCUGAUCAACUUGAUCUUGAACAAAAAGAAAAACAAUCAUUAUAUACAGCAUUAAAAGGUGCAUUUUCAGCAAUUAUUGGAUUAUUAACAACAGUAUCUAAAAUGAAAGAGUUAACUGAUAUUAAAGAUAAAAUAUUUGUAUGUGCAAUGGUUAGAGUAUUAGCAGCAUGGCUUGCACAAGAAACAUCAGCAAUGCGUACACAAUUAUAUGCUGUAUUACCAUUUAUAUUAACAAUUGCAAAUGAUACAUUUUAUGCACAUCGUAAUCGUAAAAUGGCUGAAAAAGCUAAGCUAUUAAAUAAACAUGAUGAUACAUCAUCAUCAUCAACAACAACAACAGCACUUGAUACAAUAACAAAUAAUGAUCCAUUGAGUAAUAUUGAUUUACUACGUGUUUUAUUACCUGGUUUAUGUCAUCUAGCUGUUGAAGAAGAUGCUAGAAAAAUAUUACUAAAACAUAAACAAGAUGAAGUAUUAUUUGAAUGUUUAUCAUAUCAUUGGACAAUAGUGCAUUAUAAAAAACCACCAGUACCAAGAUCAGAACGUCUUAAAGCAUUGAGUGAACCACAAAAAGAAUUGGAUCCAUGGAUCAUUGAAGAAAUGAAAGAUUCACGUGCAGCAAUGAUAUCAAUAUGUAAUGUAUUAAUGAAUAUAACUGUGUUGGAAUCAAAACUUGUUGAAAAAUCACCAACAUUUGUAUCAAUACUUAAAUUUAUAUUUAAUAAUUUAUCUGAAUUAAAACAGACAAAUGAUAAUCUUGUGUUACAUGGUCAUUUAGCAAUAUUAGGCUUGUUAUUGUUGAAGCAACAAGCACAGUAUGUUAAGAAAAAUGAUUUUUCAAUAUGUUCAUAUAUUAGAGCGACAAUUAGAUUUUUAUGGGAUGCAUAUAUUGUUGAUGAGAGUAAUGAUCCAACUGAACUUGUUGUAUCAAUGUCAUACAAGGAACAUUGGAUGGAAAUAAUGGAGCUUUGGUUUUUGGGAAUGCAAACAAUGGGUAGUGUUUUUAGUUCAAUACCAUGGUUAACAGAAUUUGCCAUUGAAUCUGGAUGGGCUGAGGGUAUCAUUGACAUGUUGAAAAAAGUUAAAAUUGGCACUCUACCACCUAAUGUUAAAUGUGCAUAUGAAGAUUUAUUGUCAAAUCUUGUUAAAGCUGAUUCAAGUGUUGCAUCUGUUUUGAAAAAAAAUGAUGCUAUUGUUGCAUGUAGAAAUCAUCGUAUGAUGGAUCUAGGAACAUUACUUUAUGGAAGUGAUUAAAAAAUAUUUUCUUUUUUUUUUUCUCAUUCGUGUUUUGAUUGUUUAGUUUUUU